AUGUUAAGAAAUGUCAUAUCUAAACAAGCCUAUUUGGCAAAGCCAUAUGCUGGGAUAAGGUUGCCAAUUACAAAAGCUCAGACUGGUUUGCGUUUAAUGUCUACUGUCGAAGAACAACUUAUGGAUGAUUAUGAAAAAAAGAUAUUCGGAAUCUUGAAAGAUAAUUUCCAACCUAAGACCUUACAAGUUAAAGAUGUGUCCGGGGGAUGUGGUUCUAUGUUUGCUAUACUUGUUGAAAGUGAAAAGUUCAAAGGUAUUCCAAUGAUCAAACAACAUAGGUUAGUCAACGAAGUUUUGAAAGACGAAAUUUCGAAAUGGCAUGGGAUUCAAUUAAAGACGAAGUCUGCUUAA